AUGAAGGAGAAGCUAAUGGGUCAGAGUCACUUGAUGACUCCUUCUGCUUUCAUGAAGGAGAAGUCUCUAACCACGAAGCAGAGUCUGGCUACCUCUCAGGAGUUGAAGCUGCCCCGGAUUACCCAGCUUCGCGAUAUAAGUGAAGCAUCCCAUCACAAGUUCUCAACAGUUGACCUGGACCGAAGCUUGUUCCAGCCUCUCCCAUCGGAGGUUGAGGUUGUAUUUCAGAGCUAUGUCCCUCAUGAGGUCUAUGAAAUGCCACUGGUUCUGAGGAAUGUAGACAAGGUUCCUCAGCGGCUGAAGAUUGUCAUGGAGAGCUCACUGUAUUUCAAGCUAGAUGUCCCCAGUGGUAUGUGCCGUAAGGUAGCACCUGGCAUGACUACAUCUUUCCACAUCCUUUUCACCCCUGAGGAGAACAAGGAUUAUUUCCACCAGCUCACCUGCAUCACGGAAAGGGAAAUGUUUAAUGUCCCUAUUCGAGCUAUAGGUGCUCGAGCUAUCCUGGAUUUCCCUGACCAGCUGAGCUUCUCCAUCUGUCCAGUCAAGUACAGCACCCAGAAAACUCUGCUAGUUCGCAAUGUCGGUAAUCGGGAGGCCCGCUACUGCAUCAGCACUCAGAGCCCUUUCUCUGUCAAUCCCUCCAUUUGGAACCUUGGAAUUGGUGAAGCCACACAAGUAACGGUGGAGUUUCACCCGCUGGAAACUGGGGGUCAUUCUGGCUCCCUGGUAGUUCACUAUGACACGGGUGAAGCUAUCCACGCAAGCCUUUAUGGAGUGGCUGUAGAUGUCAACGUCGGGCUGGAGAGGAGCUCCUUGAAAAUUGAGAAGACUUACCUUACUCUGUCAAACCGCAGCACUGUGGUCCUCCGUAAUCAGAGUGAAAUCACAGCCCACUUCCAGUGGAAGUCUUUUGCUUCUCAGGGAAAGGAAGAUCAGGAGAAGCUGAGGCUGUGUCACAAGCUGCAGAGGCACAACGAGAACAUGGAUUAUUUUCUCUUAGACUGCACGGAGAACCCCAUUCUCCCAGGAGACCUUCCUCUUCUCUCUGCCAUCUUCAAGGAAAAAAUGUCACAAGUGCAAAGAGACCCCAUGCUUUUCUCCGAUGAUGUUUUCACCAUUGACCCAGUGGAGGGAGACGUCUUGCCAAAUUCUUCGAUUGAAAUUAAUGUGAUCUUUAAACCUCAAGAAGCCACAGUCUAUCAAAAAAUGGUUUACUGCGACGUCUCAGGCCGUGAAACCAGGCUGCCCUUGUGCAUUGAAGGAGAAGGCAUAGAACCCCAGCUCCGUUUAAGCUUUGAGCAGCUGGACAUUGGGAAGGUUUUUGUUGGAUCAACCAACAUCUAUGAGGUGAUCCUGUUUAACAAAGGAGCCGUUGAUGCUUCCUUCAUCUUGGUGCAUCCAACUACAGCUCUGGCCUCCUGCUUCACCUUUGUGCCCCGGGAGGGCACCAUUUCACCAGAUGGACUCCAAGUCAUCAAGAUCUCCUUCAGUUCCAACAUCCUGGGGAAGUUCAAGAAAGCAUUCAAGUUCAGGAUGAAGGGAUCCCCUGAGUUUGUGACUUUGACUAUCAGGUCAGGAGGGAUAUAG